CAAAAUGGGGUCCGUAAAACCACACAGGAGGUGGAGUCUUUGACACCCGGCAGCGUCAAAGAACAAAGCCGUCUUGUGAAGUGCCGUCUUAUCGACUAACAGAAGAGUGACCUUUGUUCCUGGAAGCGGCACCCACUCUCCAUCAUGGACUGCUGCCAUCCAGAGCCUGGUUCUGGUCACAGUCACAGGAAACCAAAGCCUCUCCCGGAAACAACUGGAGACAAGCGGGAACCCACUGCAGAUGAUCAUUCAAAUCUGACAGAGACAGAGAAGUCUGAGAUAGAAACUAUGAGGAAUCACAGAAAUGAACUUCUGGAAGACAUCCAGAAGCUGAAAAAGGAAAUUGCAAACGUCAUUGCUGAAAUUGAAGAUUUCGAACAGGAAGAAGAAAAUAAAAACCUUGAGCGUGGAAAACAGCUUUACAAUGGGAAAAAGAAGUUUAACAUGGACCCCAAAAAGGGAAUUGAAUAUUUGAUCAAUAAUAAUCUCCUGGUUUGGGAAGCCAAAGCUGUUGCAGAAUUUCUCUACAAGGAAGAUGGCCUGAAUAAAACAGCCAUUGGAGAUUUUCUGGGGGAGAGAGAGGAUAUGAAUAUUAAAAUUCUCCAUGCAUUUGUUGAGCUUCAUGAAUUUUCUGACUUAAACUUGGUCCAGGCGCUCAGGCAGUUCUUGUGGAGCUUUAGGCUACCUGGUGAAGCUCAGAAGAUUGACAGAAUGAUGGAGGCUUUUGCCACCCGCUACUGCAUAUGCAACCUUAAUGUUUUCCAAUCUACUGAUACAUGCUACGUGUUGUCUUUCUCGAUCAUCAUGCUGAACACCAGUUUGCACAACCCUAAUGUCAAAGAUAAGCCAUCGCUGGAAAGGUUUGUGGCCAUGAACAGAGGCAUCAACAAUGGAGGAGACCUACCUCAGGGGCUCCUAGAGAAACUUUAUGACAGCAUUAAGAAUGAGCCCUUCAAAAUUCCUGAUGACGAUGGGAAUGACUUGACCCACACCUUCUUCAACCCUGACCGUGAGGGCUGGUUAAUGAAACUGGGUGGACAAAUCAAAACCUGGAAGCGACGAUGGUUCAUUUUAACUGACAGCUGUCUCUAUUACUUUGAAUACACCACAGAUAAGGAACCCAGAGGAAUCAUUCCUCUUGAAAACCUGUGUGUCCGAGAGGUGGACUAUCCCCGAAAACAAAACUGUUUGGAGCUGUACAAUCCCAACAACAAAGUUCAGAAAAUCAAAGCAUGCAAAACAGAAACUGAUGGCAGGGUGGUUGAAGGAAAACAUCAAUCUUACAAGAUCUGUGCCUCUUCAGCAGAGGAAAGGGACGAGUGGAUCAAAUCCAUCAGGGCCAGCAUAACCAAAGAUCCAUUCUAUGACCUAGUUUCAGUAAGAAAGAAGAAAGUGAUCAGCCGCGCAGCGCAGAAUUAAUGAGGAAGUCAGAAGUCUUCAUGGACACGUUUCUAAAGUCAAAACAAAUCCACCAUCACCCCACCCCACACACCUUGAGCACAGCAG